ACGGUAUUUCUGAGCUCCAGAGCAAAGAGCGGAGUGUUAGUGAGAGAAGCCUAUGACGAGUUCUUAACACUGGCAUGCUCCAUCCCGACUACAGGCUCUUCAUUCUACAAUACCUCAGGCUGGAGAAGCAAUAGUUCAGAUGCGGGAGCUUGCUGUCCACUCGGAAAGACCAUAGUGAUGGGAUACGAGUGUCAAGACGCUAGAGCCAAGAUCCGCGAGUCGGUGUGAGGGAGGUCGUAGCUGUUUUGCAUUUCAGAACAUCUCGCAGGAUCUGUCUGCACGGAAGGUCAGUUUUAGUGUUUUGUGCGGCUCGAGCAGUACUAAAGAGCUCCACGAACACUCUUAAACAAUUGCCGGAUGUCUUGAGCUCGAAUGUGUAUCCUAUCCGUCGUAUGUGAAAACUCUAGCUUGUGUGUGAAAACCCUUGAUUUCGAAUGUGCCCCCAACAGCAAUCCCCCAUCCCCUCCUGCUGCUCCUCUUUCUCUUGUCCUGCCGAAUGUAGAACCGAUUACUUUCAUUGACGGGAGCUGCUUCAUGCCGGACGCAAACUUCCUUUUAGAUGUACCCUUCCGCAUAUUCAGCAGGUUAUAUUGUCUCCAUAGCUAUGCUCUUCAGACACCUCGGGUUCCAUCACCAGUCUUGCUUGGACAGAGAUGCGUAGCCACUGAUGCCAGACACAAGGAAGUCUCACGGAACCGCAAGAACAACUCUGCAAAUGAACGGUAUUGUGUUUCACAAGGCGAUGGAUUUUUUAUGAAUGGACAUGGUAUUGAUGCAACUUUAGAAUCCUUCCCGUCACUCUUUCGAAGCAGGAGCUUGAACUCGUAGUCUUCGGCAUCCUCUAGUGGUCGACUGAGCUAGAGCCCACAUUGCAUAUCAGCCGUUUUGUUCCCGAAUCUUCGGAAAUUUGCAGCUCCAAGUUGCAUGAUUUCUACUGCGAGUCUCACUGAAAAGGAGCAGAUUCACUGGAUUUUUCUCUUCCCGCCCUCUAAUUUUCGGUGUAAAACCUCAACUGGAUCUCUGUUUGAAAUCAAUCGAGCUGGUUUACAGUCGCUGGUGCUCGGGUGCACAGCAGAUGGCCUUCAUUCCGCUAUGGGCGGGAAGUUUGGAAGCCGGCUGGAGUGUCACUCGUCCUGUGAGUGAGGAGAGGAGGGUCCCAGCUUUCGAGCACAACAACAAGCGGAGCGGGGUGCUCCCCGAUGUGAUUCUCCCAACAAUAACUUCCCUCAGAAUCCCCUUCUCAAGACUAUGCCUCCGUCUGCAGUGCAAGAUGACUUUCCAUCCACACCCGGCAAGGUUGGUUCGACGUUGCACUGUAGACGCAAUAGCAUAGACUUUUUACCUGAAGAUCCUGUGCAGCCGGUGAAAGUGGAUAGAAGCAACUACUUGGGACGGAUGACAUCAAGAUGGCACUCGAGCACUGCUACAAAGAUUCUCUGCACCACUUCCAUUCUCCUCGCCUUGACGAUAUUCGCUGUCUUGUGGAUGGGAUUGCCCAGGGGAAGUGAAGGCUACAGUGGCCAGCGGACUCAGGGUUUCCAGCGCAGUCAUGAAUGGGAGAAGAAGGUUAUCCACUCAUGUGUUACCAAUCGGGAGGACAAUGCACUGACUGUGCUGGUCACAGGGGCUGCGGGCUUCGUUGGCACUCAUGUCUCUCUGGCGUUGAAGAAGCGUGGUGAUGGCGUCGUGGGACUGGACAACUUCAAUUCAUACUAUGAGGUCUCUUUGAAACGAGCACGCCAAGAGCUUCUCAACAAGCACGGUGUAUUUGUCGUCGAAGGAGACAUCAACGACAAGUUCCUCCUUGAGAGCCUGUUUGAGGUUGUCCAAUUCACACACAUCAUGCACCUAGCUGCCCAAGCUGGUGUGCGGUACGCUAUGCAGAACCCUCUGUCCUAUGUCCACAGCAACAUCGCGGGACUGGUCAAUAUCUUUGAGGUUUGCAAGUCCGCCAAUCCUCAGCCAGCCAUCGUGUGGGCUUCUUCGAGUUCAGUGUAUGGAUUGAACACGAAGGUACCAUUCUCUGAAGCUGACAGAACCGAUCAACCAGCGAGUUUGUACGCAGCAACAAAGAAAGCUGGAGAAGAGAUUGCCCACACAUAUAACCACAUCUACGGUCUCUCCAUCACCGGACUCAGGUUCUUCACCGUAUACGGACCAUGGGGACGACCCGACAUGGCCUACUUCUCAUUCACUCGAGACAUCUUGAAGGGAAAGCCAAUCAGCGUUUACUCAGGUCCGGGAGGCAAAGACCUCGCCCGCGACUUCACCUUCAUCGAUGACAUCGUCAAGGGCUGCGUCGCUUCCCUCGACACAGCUGAGAAGAGCACUGGCAGUGGUGGAAAGAAGACCGGCCCCGCGAUGCUGCGCGUCUUCAACCUCGGCAACACAUCCCCUGUAACCGUCCCUGCUCUUGUGGACAUCCUAGAGAAGUACCUCAACGUGAAAGCCAAACGCGAGAUCAUCAACAUGCCCCGUAAUGGUGACGUCCCGUUCACCCACGCGAACAUCUCGUCCGCCCAGGAGCAGCUCCACUAUAGGCCUGUAACGAACCUGGACACUGGGUUGAAGAAGUUUGUAAAGUGGUAUCUCAGCUAUUAUGGAGACAAUUCCAAUCGAAAGUUGUGGUUGGGGAAACAUGAGCAAAUCCUGUAGACUAAUUGCUGUGUCUUGUAAGUCAUCGUUUUCUUUCAUCACGUCGUAAUUAGGGUUAGGAUUGCUUUUCGCUGUCUUCUCUCUGGGCUAGUGACCUAUGCAUGAACUCUACUUUUCUGACACCGUACAUUUAUGUAUUCAUUAAUUUAAGAGAGGAGAGUCAAGGCGAGGGAGGAAUUACCGAUUAUCCGCUUUUGUAAUUGUAAAUGUGAACGCUAGCAGCUUCGUCUUGCGGUUGAAGGACCAAGGCCGUGUAACUUCAAUGUUAUCUGGAGGGGUGGUAGUCAGCCAAUGAAGGCUAGAAACAGCUGCGUUGCACAGUGAGCUCUUGAUCAGUGACCAACUACGUUAAGGCCCGUCACUAAGUAAUUCUUAAUACGUGGUCUGCCCCUUUCAUCGAUUUGUAAUUAAGACGAUUUCAUUCUCA